GCAGUCAGUAUGGCUGCAAGUUCAACAUAUACUCACUCACAUAGAGCAUGUGAUUUUUUUCUUAAGCAUGCGUACAGGUGGGCUGGUUUUCUGUCUGUCUUGACACACUUACCCAAUCCAAAACGGCCAGUGGAGUUUGAGAGCAGUUCUGCACUCAGGUGGAAACUUCAAAGAACGCCACACUCUCACAGCAACAGACACAGAGCAGAGUGAGGCAAUAUGAAUUCAGGUAAGGUGCAGUACUCUGGAGUGAAGAGCAGUGACAAUAUUCAAAGUGUGGUCACUGACGACAGCUGUUACUCCAAGAAGAAGCGAUAUGUGAGAAAAGAUGGGAGCUGUAACAUGGUACCCCGGCAUGUUCCAGAAAAGUGGCUUCUGUGGGUCACUGACAUCUUCACUACCUUGGUGGAGAUCCGCUGGAGAGUCAUGCUCUUGACAUUUGCCCUCUCCUACAUCUUAUCUUGGCUGUUUUUUGGAAUUCUAUUCUGGAUCAUUGCAUUAACACAUGGCGAUAUGAAAAACCCCAACAAUGAGCCAUGCGUUUAUGAGGUUCGGAGUUUUACAGCUGCUUUUCUUUUCUCAUUAGAGACCCAAACCACUAUUGGUUAUGGCUUUCGGGGGAUGUCUGAGAACUGUAUGAUCGCUAUCAUCGUAGUUACCAUCCAAGAUGUCAUUAGUGUGUUCAUUGACACUUUUGUCAUUGGCAUUGCCGUUGCCAAGAUGGCGUCUGCCCGUAAAAGAGCCCAAACAGUUGGAUUCAGCAAGUGUGCAGUGAUCAGUAUACAUGAUGGUCACCUAUGCCUAUCAUGGCGGGUCGGGGACUUCCGGAGGAACCAUAUGGUAGAAGGAACUUCUAAUGCACAGCUAAUAGAGUUCCAAGCAAACAACAACACAGGGAAAGUUGACAUCACAUACAAAGACCUCAGCAUUGAAGAGAGGAGCGUGAUCUUGGCCACCCCAACAACUAUAAUCCAUAAAAUACUCCCUGGAACGCCUCUAUACAAGAUGAGCUUAAAGGAUCUAAGAAAAGAGAGCUUCGAACUAGUGGUCUCUUUCACUUACACAGACGAUUGCACGGGCAUCCUUCACCAGACUCGCACAUCUUACACUCCAAGCGAGAUUCUGUGGGGCCAGAACUUUCAGGAGAUGAUCAGGGUCACCCGCAAGAACUACAGAGUGGACUACGCCCUAUUCAACCACACGGUUAAAGUCCUGGUGCCAGAAUUAAGCGCAGAGGAGUAUGACCUAAAAAAGUACUCUGAACAGCCAAAACACAAACCGCUCCACAUAAGUUCACCAACACCAGCUGUGGAAUUGGUUAAUGGGAAUAAUCUUGAGGCAGAAAAAGCAUCCACCAGCAGUGCUGUCCAAGAACAUAAGCUAUAACUGUGACCUUGAUACAGCCUUCCUCUGUAAUAGCACUUUGAAAUGUGGUCUUCUAUUAGCAUCACCUAAAAAUUACGCAUUUAUAGUUUGAUUUAGACUGAGGGCCAACUUUACUAUACGGAACAAAUUGUUGAGAGUGUACUUCUGACAAUGUGUGAAUUAGAGAAUACAGACAGAGCUGUUUAUUUACAUAAUGCAGAGUAUUAAGCAGCAAAAACUAGGCUACAAACAAGCAGAUCCAUUUAUGAUCAGGUGCAGGUAAUACUAACAACACAGACCUAAAACAGGAUAACCGAGUCGUAUCUCAUGUGGAAACAUAACUAUUUUACCUAUUGUCAAAAAAAGUGGCUAAAAAAACUAAUUGAUACAAUUCAAAUAUACGACAGGAGACUUGCCUCCAAAGCCCAGCCCUAAACCUACCCAUCACUGGGGGAUAAGCAUCAUACAAAUCAUACUAAAACAUACAAAUGAGAUCAUACAAAUGAAUAAGAAUUAGACAUUAAAUAAAAAAAUUAAGAAUUGCAGAUGGAUGUAUGGAUGGAUAGAUAUAUGGAUCAAACAUACGACUGGAGGCUUGCCUCCAAACUCCACCCCUAAACCUACCCACCAUCAGGUGAUAAGCAUCAUACUAAAAAAAUACUGGAUGGAUGGAUGGAUGGAUGGAUGGAACGACUGG